UUGCGCUCUUUGGAGUCAGUCGUUGCUUUGAGAGCAAGAAAUCUCUGGCAGGCAGAGUGCAACGAGGUGGAGACUUUUUUGUGCAGUGGCAAAGGCAGCGAGCGGGGUUCUGGCGCGCCCCAGUUUCCCCACCAGAGGAGCCCCUGGCUUUCUUCCUGCAGAAGCGAAGGGCGGCUCCUGUGGAAGUGAGGGAGUAGAAAAAUAAUGAAGGGUAAAUUCUUCAAAAGCUUCUGAGAAAUCAUCAGUCUCCAGUGAUAUAUCUGCUCUGCUGGUUCUACAGUUAUUUGGAAAUGACAAUACCACAUUCUUCUUUACUCCUGGCUGAGUCGCAUUAGUGUUGGAAUAUACGGGCUUCAAACCAGCAAACAAAACUUAAAUCUUGACUGUUAGCCAAAUAUAAGCCAUGAUGAAAUGAGAUGAGGCUCCGAAAUGGAACUGUGGCCACCGCAUUAAUUUUCAUCACAUCUUUCCUUAGUUUGUCUUGGUACACAGCAUGGCAGAAUGGAAAAGUGCAAUCCUAUAGAUCUUUAUUCCAGAAGUGCUAUUACGUUCAGAGGGGCUUAUUCCCAGAAAAGCUGAUUGCUUAUCAAAGGGAAUUUCAUGCUUUGAAAGAACGUCUUCGCAUAGCUGAGCACAGAACCCUGCAGCGUUCUUCUGAAUUAAAUGCCAUCUUGGAGCAAUUCAGGAGGGCAGUAGCAGAAACAAAUGGAAGUAAGGAUGCACUGAGCAGUGUUUCAGAUGAAACAUUAAAAUUGCUAAAGGAGCUAACAAGCAGAAAAUCUCUUCAAGUGCCAAAUAUCUAUUACCAUUUGCCUCAUUUGUUGAAAAAUGAAGGAAGCCUUCGACCUUCAGUGCAGGUUGGCCUUGGACGAACAGGAGUUUCUAUGGUAAUGGGCAUUCCUACUGUAAAGAGGAAAGUGAAAUCUUACCUUACAGAAACUCUUCACUCACUGAUUGACAAGCUGUCUCCAGAAGAAAAACUAGACUGUGUUAUGGUUGUCUUCAUAGGAGAGACAGACCUUGACUAUGUAAAUGGUGUUGUAGCAAGUCUAGAGAAGGAGUUUUCUAAAGAAAUCAGUUCUGGCUUAGUGGAAGUAAUAGCUCCACCUGCAUCCUACUACCCUGACUUGACAAAUCUAAAGGAAACAUUCGGAGACUCAAAAGAAAGAGUCAGAUGGCGGACAAAGCAAAAUCUGGAUUAUUGUUUUCUUAUGAUGUAUGCACAGAAAAAGGGUGUUUACUACCUUCAGCUUGAGGAUGACAUUGUUGUCAAGCAGAAUUACUUCAGCACAAUAAAAAACUUCGCACUUCAGUUGUCAUCUGAAGAUUGGAUGAUUCUUGAAUUUUCUCAGCUUGGGUUCAUUGGUAAAAUGUUUCAGUCUCCAGAUAUUACACUCAUUGUAGAAUUCAUAUUUAUGUUUUAUAAAGAGAAACCCAUUGACUGGCUCUUGGAUCACAUUCUUUGGGUGAAAGUUUGCAACCCUGAGAAAGAUGCAAAACAUUGUGACAGACAGAAAUCAAAUCUGAGAAUACGCUUCAGGCCUUCACUUUUCCAGCAUGUUGGCCUGCACUCCUCCCUCACAGGAAAGAUACAAAAACUUACAGAUAAAGACUUCCUGAAACCAUUGUUGCAUAAAAUUCAUAUCAAUCCACCUGCAGAGGUUUCUACAACUUUGAAGGUCUAUCAGGGUCAUGCUCUUGAAAAAGCCUACAUGGGUGAGGACUUUUUUUGGGCUGUUACGCCAGUUGCUGGAGAUUAUAUCCUCUUUAAAUUUGACAAGCCUGUCAAUGUAGAAAGAUACCUGUUCCAUAGUGGCAACCCAGAACAUCCAGGGGAUAUAUUAGUCAACACAACAGUGGAAGUGUUGCCUUUUAAGAGUGAAGAGUUGGUAUUAAGCAAAGAAACCAAAGAGAAACGAUUAGAAGAUGGGUAUUUCAGAAUAGAACGUCUUCUGCUUUUUGAAGGCAAAUUUGGAAAUGGUGUAGCAGAGGGAAUGGUUGAUACUAGUCUAAAUCCGAUUGCAGCUGUCCGGCUUCUGGUAAUACAGAAUUCUUCUGUCUGGGCAAUUCUAAAUGAGAUUCAUAUUAAAAAGAUCCCCAACUGAUGAGUUAAGAGGAACAAAAGAGAUCUUCAUCUUUGGAAAGCUUUUCUACAAAAUCUUCCAAAUUGCAGAGUGAAGACACUGAGCAUGCACCUUAUCUCCAACUCUUACUUCUCGAUGAAACCCUACCUCUUGUGAAAUCUACUGUAGAUGAGAAGAUUGACUCAGCAAGAAAGAUUUAUUAUGAUUGUGAAACUUUUUGCUGGUAUUAUUUAUCUGGAUCCAUGAUUUCCUUCAUUUGAUCAUGACUCUGAUGCCUAAGGAUCACAGUGUUACGUAUCCAAGAGAUAGGAUAUGCUAUAUAAAAGUUGUACAUAUUAUUACAUUCCUUGGAUAUAAAAAAAUAUAUAAAUACAUUUUAUGAAGGGGUACUUUUUGGAGGUCCAUUUAUUUUGCUAAUUCAAGCCCUCUUUUACAGAUUAUCAGGGAUAUAUAUUCAAAAGCAUUAGGGAUAUUUAAUUUAUUAAAAUAAUUUGAAAAGUACAUAUUUUUAUGCAGGUAAUAAUGAUGCAGUUUUUUUUAAUGAAUUACCUUACGUCUUGAGUUAACUCUACAUUUUGCUUUGAUAAUGAAGUGAUCAUAUUUUGUAAUACACUGCCAUGGUUAGGAGAGUUAAAUGGAGUUUGAAAAUUAAGCACUUUUGUACCAUACCAAGGACACAAUCUAUUAAAAAGUUAUCCUGCACAAAACCCUUUGAAAAUGAAUGUGUUUUGCACAGGACAAUUUCUUCAUGCCUUGUGCCAAAAAUCUAGGAUAUGUUGUUCAAAGGCAUGGUAUACGAGGGCUUUGAAUAACAUUACCUUUAACAGUCCACAAUAUAUAAUCUUACAAAGCAUGUUGAGAAAUUUUGUACUUCAAAAUGGUGUAUGACUCUAAAGUGAUUUGAAGUUUGAUUCAUCUCCCAUUAAAGGGAAAUUUUGAUAACAGGUCAUUCCUUUUUUAACCUUUUUAGACUCUUCUGAAACACAAUCAAGUUAUUUAUUUGGAUAGAAAAGCAUUCUGAAGUUUCUGCAUAUUUUUAUUUUGGUUCACAUCCCCUUUUGUAUGAACUCUACUUAUUCUUACAGAAUGACUUUACCAUUUUAUUAGGAAUAACAGUAGAAAUCGAUACACAGUAACCUCAGCUGAGUUUUUAAAAAUGUGACUGUCAGUCUUUAAGUGUGAUAGUUUUUUUCCCUUUAAGAGAGCCCAGCUCCUGCUGAAAGCAUUGCACUCCAGCUGACUGAAGCAAGAGAUUUCACGUGACCUAAAUGCUUGUUGUCUUUUGUACUUCAAGAAAAAGAAUAAGAGGUGCUUGCUUUGUCAGUAGCCUUGAAGAGAGGCAAUUCUAGCACUUUGUGCUCUGCAGCACAGUAAACAUGCAAUAGUAUGUAAUAAUACUUUUUAAAAAAAACUUUCUUAACCCAGUCAAGAUAUGAGAAGCUAAUUUUUUUUACCUCAACUGCACAUCUGUGACUCAUGCAGGUAAACAAAAGUUUUCUUAAAUGGAGGUAGCAUGUUUCAUGAGCUGAAUCUUAGAUACUUCUGUGUCAUGGAUGUAAGCUUUGCCAAAAACUGUCUGCCUUGCCUUCUUUCAAGGGUAAAAUGAUUUGUAGUAUUAAAUGAAGAGGCAUCUGCCUAUUUUUGUUUCUCCACGAGCCUAUUUCUAAAAAAAAUAGUUGUCAUAAUAUAAAACUCUUGAUCAAGUUUUAAAUUGUUCAAGGUGGAUCCACAAUUGACUGUCCCCCUCCCCCCUCCUUUGGUUGGGUCUGCCUUAUAUUUAUAGAAUGGUUUUGCUGAAACUCUUUACUUCCUCGUUUGACUGGGAAGAUAUGUGCUUGAUUUUUUUAUAUAUUUUGUAUGUUGUCCAUAGAAUGAUUGUUACUGGGCAUCUAAUAAAAAUAGUUUUAAAAAACAGCUUGUGUAGCAUAGUGGCCAAGAGCCUGAGCUCAAACUUCACCUUCUUCCAUGAAAUCACUGGGUGGCCUUUAAGCAAGCUACCAUCACUGUCUAAGCACUACAUCUGAAAUAUGGGAAUGAGAAUGACUUUACAGGACUGUUAAAAGGAUCCACAAGAUAAUGCAAGCCACAUUAACACCCAAUGUGCAACAUCAAUGUUAAGUUUUAUAAUUGCCUUUGGGAACAGCUGUAAGCUGCCUAUGGCACCAAACAUGCAUUGAAAUGAAUGUGUGUUAAUGUUCAGCAACAACUAAAUCAGAAUACGCAUUUAGAAUCAAAAUGUGUGAUGAUUUGGGAAUGACACUUUCCUCAGAGGUAGGCUUGGGUAGGAGAGAUUGAGGCAUGGAAUUUUUUUUUCAAAACUAUCGGUUUGUAUGUGCUUCAUAUAGAGAAAAGGGCCUAAUUAUUCCAGGAUGAUAUGUAAGGACAAGCACAGUUGUAUCUUUAUUUUAUGUUCUGAACAAGCUGUACAACUUGAACAAUCAAUUGCCCUGACACUACACCUAGCCUAGCAAAGUACAGGGACUAUGGCCCCAAGUUUAAGCUUGGCAUUCUUGGUCCCAGCUCUCUGUUCCUGCAGGAUUUGUGGUUGUUUGAUCUUUUGCUACAAAGUAUUAAUGAUUUUAAUUGGCUGUUCUCUGCGCCACUGGUGUAGUGGUAUCAUGCAAGAUUCCGAUUCUUGCGACCUGGGUUCGAUUCCUGGACAGCGCAAGGUUUUUGAGAGCCAGUGUGGUGUAAUGGUUAAGGUGUUGGACUGCGACCUGGGAGACCAGGGUUCAAAUCCCUACAUAGCCAUGAAGCUCACUGGGUGACCUUGGGUCAGUCAAUGCCUCUCAGCCUCAGAGGGAGUCAAUGGUAUAUCCCCUCUGAAUACUGCUUACCUUGAAAACCCUAAUUGUAGGGUCGCCGUAAGUCGGAGUCGACUUGAAGGCAGUCCAUUUCCAUUUUCUCUUACAAAGUCCCAGAGACCAUAGAUCAGUCCCUCUUUAGGGUUAUGACCUUUGGGAAACUAGCCUCCUAAUGCCUCUGAUUUUUGUCUGCCAGUUGGUCAAAUUGUUGUCUAGAAUUCAAAUGUGGUGUCUUCCUGUGCAAUCCUGUUUUUACCAAGAAGUCCCACUGUACUCACUAAGUUCAUUCCCUAGGAAGUGUGUUUUAGGAUUGUAACCCACUAUAUUUAACCUUAUAUGUUUGGGGAGGGGAGGAAGGGGAAGAAAAACUCCACAAAAUUAUCCAACCUAUAUAUCCCAUUGCACAUGAUAAAAGAUCAAAAAGGUAGGGAUGUAAUGUGGUGGUGGUAACCAUAAUCCAAAGUCUUUUUUUAUUGCUGAUUGGAAAUAACGAAAAUGCCCACUACUGCAGCCAUGGUUAACUUAAUUCAUAACUUAUUUAUAUCCCUGUCCAUUAAACAGAGGCAACAGGCAUUUCAAACUCACUUUUCCUGAAAGAUCAAAUUUGUGCUUUACUUGAAUUAUGGUAUAGCUAUUUGCAAAGGUUUUAAUAUGCUAUCAUGAAUGUUUAUAAGCCUUAGCAAUAGCUAAUUAGGAUGACUGCCAGCAGGUUUGGUUUCUUGCUUUUAUAGACUUUGUUAGGAAAGAUUAAAAUUUUGGUAAGUGAUGUCAGUAGUAAUUGUUUUUUAAAAAAUGGCCCUACUCCUUUUCUCGGUUUAUCUGCUCUGUAGUUGCCAAUUUGUAUUCCUGCCCUUGCGGAAUCUGUAACUUUGAUCCUACAACCAGCCAUGUUUCCAUUAAUUAUUUACAGUACUUGCUGUAACACAUUUUUUAAGAGCUAGAUAUGAUUUUGUUACUCUUGCUGCUAUAAUGGAAAACCUAACUGGGUCAUGUUAACUGUGCCUUUCAUCAAUGUUCUAUGUGCCACAGCUG